AUGAGUUUCUAUAUAGUGCCUUCAGUGCUGUAUCAAACUCAACAAAAGAUCAAACAAGCACAAAAGAAGGCUAAACAUAAAAAAUCCAAGAAACAUGGGGAUAAAUCGGAUUCUAAAUUGAAUUCACCUUCAAGUUCCACCAAUGCUUCCAUAAGAGCUUCCAGUAUUUAUGAAGAACCCAUUGAGGAAGAAGGUCAACAUAAAGAUACAACUUCGGGAACUUCAGUUUCUGGUACAUCAGCAUCAAUAUCUGGGUCAAGUAAUAAUGACGAAUUUCCUAAUAAUUUGACAGAUAAACUUUCAUCCUUGAAAAGAACAGAAUCUUCGGGUUCCAUUGCUUCGAAAUAUAUUGAAUCACCUAAAAGUACUAAUCAAAACACUUCAUAUUUUGAAAUCAAACCAGGAACUUUUUCAUCCGAAGGAAAUUCGCCGGCGAAUAUAACAGAUAAUAUAAAUUUUCAACAUUUGGAUAUCAAUGAAAGAAGAAGAAAUUCCACUUCAACAUCAUCUUCCGUUCCUAGAAUGAGAUUAAGACAGAAUUCUUCCUUAUCAUUGGCAUCUCAACAAACGGUCAUGAGUAAUAAAGAUAAAGAAAAAAGUAAAUUAGCUAAUCCUACUGAUUCCGAAGACAAUGAAAGUAUAAAUUCCAAAAGUUCUAAGAUUUUCAAGCCAAAUUAUUCUCCAACAACUUCAUUUGAGUUUCCGAGAUUCGAAUGUACGUUGGAUUUAACAGUGAUGAAUUCUAUUGAAACAAUUACUGAAAGUUUCUAUUCCCCAACUUUUCAAAUCUUUAGAUUUAAAAAUUUCCUUGAUAUUUUAAGAGGUCAACAUGAUAACGAUCCGAUCAACUUUGCUAAUAUCAGAUACAAUUCCAUUUCGAAGUUUUUAUUAAGACAUAAUGAUUUCACAGAUGUGGCUAUUGAAGAUGUGGUGAAAGGUUUUGAUAUUAAGAACUUCGAAGGUGUUUUAUCAUGUUCUUUAAUUUCAAUGAGAAGUUUCAUACGUAAAUUGAUACGAUAUGAUUCCAAUAAAACAGUUAACAGAAGUGAAAUUUAUUCUUGUGAAGAAUUGGUGCAAAUAAAUUUCACCAAUUAUCUUCGAUUUAUACUAAAUUUACCUCAAUCAGUUUUAACAGCUCCUGCUGAACUGUUGACGGAAUAUCAAUUAGUUCAUCAAAAAUUCAAAAUCAUGUUCACAAGAUUAAUCAAAGCUUUACACACUUUCCAGAAAGAAGAUAGUGGUGAUGAUCUAUCCACGGCUACCAAUGCAGUGGCUUUCCUUUUCCAAUUGAUAACAAAAGUCUCGUAUGAUUAUAUUUUGUUAGAAAAAUAUCAUAUAAAUAUUCUCACCAAAUUAAGUAAUAAUUGUCUUAUUGAUGGAAGAUUAGCAUCAACACUUUUCGAUAAAUAUCAAAAUGCUUUAUCUUCACCAGAUUCAUUCCAACCACCUAAAGUUUUAUUUUACAAUGCUUAUUUUAGUGUACAAUAUUCAUGGUAUUUAUCAGUAACAGUACCAUUUGUCAGAGUUUUUGAAUCCAAUAUAUUCAAUGAGAAUGCUAAUUUGAUUAGUAAUUAUGAGAAGUAUAAAGAGAUGGAGAAAACAAUUAAGAAGACGAACUUCCAAGAUCUGGAUCAAGGUCUUUAUGACAGUCAUUUCAAAAAAUUGAAUUUAGAGAGUUUUGGUGACUUUAAGUCCAUGACCGAUGAGCAAUUAGUUGAUCUUCAAAGAGCCACUGAAAUCCCCGAUGAUGUUGAAAAACGAAACAAUUUUCAGGGUUCACAUAAACCUCAAAAUUUCGAAUUCUAUGGUAAUUCUUUGGCUACCUUAGAAGAAGGAACUUUUGAUUUAAUUCAGUGUAGAGAUUUGUUAUUUCAAUUGACUAAUACCAAUUAUAAGACAUUAAUCAGUGAAUUUUAUAGAGUUUUGAAGACUGGUGGGGUUCUAGAAAUCCCAAUCAUUUUAUCUGGGGCCGAUACUAUCAAGUCCGAUAAUUCAAUUGUGGGAUUACCUAAAUUCACCAGAACCACUGGUUCAGAUUUAUCAUCUCAUUAUGACAUGAUUCCUAAUUUUGCCGAAGUUUUACUUACAACCAUAAUAGAAGUUUUCGGCGAUGAUAACGUCAAGUUUUCAUGUGUGUUAUUGAAUAGUUCAAAUGAGAUAACAAGUUUCUUAGCUAGAGAUAUUGGAUUACAUGUGGCUGAAAUUAUAAGUAAAACUGAUGAAUUUUGUAAACAGUUUUAUGCUGACCAAGGUACAGUUAACCAAGAUGUUCAUUUCUUCUUCCCUAUUCAGGCAAUCAAGUUGUAA